AUGUUGCAGUACCGGCACGGUGGGAAGUUAGGUUGCUGUCGUCACGUCAACGUUAUAGGUACACCGCACGCGGGUUCGGUCGUUACUCUGGAGCAGAGUUCCGGGAAGCAGCCGGAUUCUUUCUUCAACACGUGCGUCACCAUCAUCGCCGUGCUGAUAGUCAUCACGCUCAUCUGCAUGACCAUCAUCAUGCUCAAGUGCUUCUCGACCAGGGACGCCUGCCCAAAUCCUGGGGGCGUGUACAACCCGUACACCAACACGGCUCUCUCCUGCGACUCCCAGGAGUGCCGGAACUACGUCAACAUCCUCCAAUCGAGCCAAGUUCCGUCGAUGGAGCCGUGCGAGGACUUCUACGAAUUCGCCUGCGGUGGCUGGACCAAGGCUGUCGUGGUGCCGCCGGACGAGGUCACCACCACCGUGCACAGCCGGCUGCUGCGAAGAGUCGAGAGCGAGAUCGGAGAGAUCCUCAACAACACGGUGGUGACGUAUCGGUACCAGACGGCGACGCAAAAGGCGGCUGCACUGUUCCAGUCCUGCAUCAACGUCGACAUGCGCAACAGCAAGGGAACGCGCCCCCUGGAGGAGCUUCUGUCGUACGUGGGCCUCCCGCGGUGGCCCAUCCUGAACCGGACGGCCAAGUUUCCCACUUACCAGAUACUGGGCCACUUGAUCCGCGAGUUGGGACUGGAAGCCAUCGUCUCGGUUCGCGUCGGCCUCGACUACUACGACAGCGACCGGUACCUGAUCUACAUCAGCCAGCCGUCGUUCGGCGUGGAGCCGCCGGUGCUGCAGGGCCGCUACCGGUCGCCCUACUUCCGGAUACUGCACCGUUACAAGUUGUACAUGUACCGCUGCGCGCUGCUCAUGGGCUCCAACGUGGCUGCGGCCGACAUUGUCAACGACAUCGUCGCCUUCGAGGCGAGGCUGGCCGCUAUAACAGAGCCAAGAGGCGUCGUCGACAACCCGAGAAAAGUCUACAACCUCAUGGCCUUGAGAACGCUGGAAGGCGCCAUACCAGAGGUCCGUUGGACGUUCUUCCUCAACCUCAUCCUGCGCGAUGUGGGCGUUUCGAUGGACCUAAACGACCACGUGGUCGUCGCGAAUCCCAUCUACCUGAAGAAGCUCUCCCGGUUGCUCAAGGCGGUUCCGAGCUCGAUCGUGGCCAACUAUCUGGGCUGGCGCAUCGUGCAAGAAAUGGGCCAGCACGCCAUGGCCCGGUUCCGGCAGGCGCAAUUCCGCUUCGACCACUACCGCUACCUGCUGCAGGAGCCCACCGAGGUGCCGAGGCAGUGCGUGCGGCUCACCAUGCGCCUGCUCGGGUUCGCCGUCGGCAGGCUCUACUUCGACCGCCACGUCACCAAGGCCUCGCUGCGGUACAAGGGGGUCUACAACAUGGCCGAGGAGCUGCGACAAGCGUUCAGCGUUCUCAUCGACAUGAACCGCUGGAUGGACCCGAAGACCAAGGAGCAUGCGUUAGUCAAGCUGCAUCGCCUGCAGCUCAACAUCGGAUUUCCACCCUGGAUUAGGAGCGACCGCGACUUGGACGAGUACUACAAGGAGCUUCCCGACCUGAGGAAAGAAGACUUCUUCAGGAGCGUCCUCAUAGCGACUAGGAUUUACAACCGAAUCCUCUACGGCCGACUAAGACAGGCCAGCCGGGCCAACGAUUUCGGGUGGCUUCCGUCUGAUCCAAUAUCAAGCAUGCACUACAGCCUUGUCGGAAACUACCUGCUGCUACCACUCGAGUACCUCCAGUUUCCCUUUUUUCUCGUCGACAUGCCUCCGCCAAUAAACUUCGGCGCCCUGGGCUCUAUAAUCGCCCAGCAGAUUGUAUACGGCUUCGGAGAUCAAGGGUCUCUGUACGACGAGAACGGCAGGCUCUCCGAGUGGUGGUCACGCGAGACGCGCCAGAAGUUUCUGCCCGGAGUGCGCUGUCUACAGGAACAGUACCACGCCUUCACGAAUCCCAUCACGGGACUCCCGCUCGACAUAAAUACCACCGCGGAGACCAGCGUGGCCGACAACGCGGGCGUAAGACUAGCCUUCAAGGCAUUUCGAGUGUUCCAGACCAAGUUCGAGGAGCUGUACUCGCUGUACACCAUACCGGGCACCGAACCCCGGACCAUGGAGCAGAUCUUCUUCAUCGCUUACGCCCUGACCAGAUGUGAAGUUACGCGCAAGCGCUCCAUCUACUACCACCUGCGACCACGGGAGCAAAUACCCGACCGGUUCAGGACCAUGAUUCCCCUGAUGAACUUCGAGAGGUUCGCGGACGCCUUCGGAUGCAAGGUCGGCACUGUCAUGAGUCCCGACCAGAGGUGUCUGGUCUGGUAGUCGGCCG